ACUCUAAUGAAAGGCAAAGCUAGCCACCAUUGCUGUCAAACUCUUUCCAUCACUGAUUCACUUUCCCAGGAAAUAUUUCCAAAGUUCUUCUAACAAUUAAGAAAUUGAGAAUUUAUGGAAUUGAUUUUGUCACAUAAAAUCACCAUAAUUUGUCUUACCCAGAAUGGGAAGGAUUCCAUUAUGCAGUGUAGAUGGUUUGAAGAGAGGAGCCUGGACAGCUGAAGAAGACCAGAAGCUCAUAGCUUACAUACAAAAACACGGUGAAGGAGGUUGGCGUUCCCUAGCCAAGAAAGCCGGUCUUCGAAGAUGUGGGAAGAGCUGUAGACUGAGAUGGGUAAAUUAUCUGAGACUUGGUGUUAAGAGAGGAGACUUCACCUCGGAGGAAGCUCAAACCAUCAUUGAACUUCAUGCUGCAUUAGGCAACAGGUGA